GGUGAAAGAACAGCUUGGAGGUGAGCGAAGCAGCAAAGGCAAGCGAGGCUGCUGGUGCUGGGCGGCUGGUGCGAGUGUUUUUAGUCGGCUGCCCUUGGUUGGUGCGAACGAGAGUGCGAGAGCGAGGAGCAAUUAGAUCCGGGCCCUUGCCGACGGAAUGAGAUAACGACGCCAUGCCGGCCGCCUGCACCCCGAGCGGAUAAGGUGAGCUGCAGCAGCAGGGAGCCAGCCAGCGGAGGCAGCGUUUGUUUCAGCUGAUGGAUCAAAAGGGACAAUGUGCAACGCCGCCGUUCUAACCUCCCAUCAGAUGGUACCAGUAAUGCCGCUGUCGCGUACCAGGUCACUGCUGAGCAACAUCAAUGGCAACCACCCCGAGUCGGCCACCGGACAGACGUACCUGCCGCACCUCGGCUCGGCCGACAGCAACGGCCUGCUCAAGACGGCCUCGACGGCCGCCGGCCUGGUCGAGCGGCUCAACCCCGGAGGCGUCGGCGAGCGAAACUCGGUCGAGCCGUCCUCGCUGCCCAACCUGAACAUGGGCCGCGCGGACAGCAGUCCGCCGCUGGUCAAGACCUCGAGCACCUCGAGCACGAGCAGCAGCAACGGCAGCAGCAACCAGCAAGCGGCCGCCCUGGCCGCGGCGGCCGCGGCGGCCACCAAGCCCAAGACCAUGGUCGCCACCCCGGAGCAGGUGGCCAAGCUGUAUCUGGCCAAACUGACGCCCUACGAGCACCACGAAAUCUUCAACUACCCCCAGAUCUACUUCAUCGGGGCCAACGCCAAGAAGCGGCCCGGCAUCAUCGGCUCCGGCAACAACUGCGGAUACGACAACGAGCAGGGCUCCUACAUCCACAUCCCGCACGACCACAUCGCCUACAGAUACGAGGUCCUCAGGGUCAUUGGAAAGGGCAGCUUCGGACAGGUGGUGAAGGCGUACGACCACAAGCUGCACCAGCACGUCGCGCUCAAGAUGGUGCGCAACGAGAAGCGCUUCCACCGGCAGGCGCAGGAGGAAAUCCGCAUCCUCGAGCAUUUGCGCAAGCAGGACAAAGACAACACGAUGAACAUCAUCCACAUGUACGACAACUUCACGUUCCGCUCGCACAUGUGCAUCACCUUUGAACUCUUGUCCAUCAACUUGUACGAACUGAUCAAGAAGAACAAGUUCCAAGGCUUUAGUCUGCAGCUGGUGCGCAAGUUCGCCCACUCGCUGCUGCAGUGUCUCGACGCGCUGCACCGCAACAAAAUCAUCCACUGUGACAUGAAGCCCGAGAACGUGUUGCUCAAACAGCAAGGCCGAAGUGGAAUUAAGGUGAUCGACUUCGGUUCCAGCUGCUACGAGAACCAACGUGUCUACACGUACAUCCAGUCGCGCUUCUACCGGGCGCCCGAAGUGAUUUUGGGCGCGCGCUACGGAAUGCCGAUCGACAUGUGGAGCCUGGGCUGCAUCCUGGCCGAGCUGUUGACCGGCUUCCCGCUGCUGCCCGGCGAGGACGAAGCCGACCAGCUGGCCUGCACCAUCGAGGUGCUCGGCAUCCCGCCCUCCAAGCUGCUGGCAGAGUCCAAGCGGGCCAAGAACUUCAUCAGUUCAAAGGGCUACCCUCGGUACUGCACGGCGACGACAAUGGCGGACGGCAACAUCGUGCUGAACGGCGGGCUGAGCCGGCGGGGCAAACACCGCGGGCCGCCGGGCUCCAAGGACCUGCAGCGCGCGCUCAAAGGCUGUGACGACCCGCUCUUCCUCGACUUCAUCGGCAAGUGUCUCGAGUGGGACCCCGAGAAGCGGAUGACCCCUGCGGUGGCGCUGCGGCACGCGUGGCUGCGGCGGCGGCUGCCGCGACCCCCGGCCGACCCGCUGGCGGCCAACGGCGGCGGUGGCCAGCAAUCGGCCACGGCGACGGACGCGUCGCCGGCCUCGUCACGCAACAACUCGAGCGGCGGCGGCGGUGGCGGCACGGCCGGAGGAAAGGGCAAGUUGCGCGUGCAGCUGUCCGAGGGCGAGCAGACGCAGCGCACGACCAAACUGCCGCAAAUCGGCGGCGUCUCGUAGCUGCGGCUGAGCACAAAAUUGGACUGGGCCGUGCGCCUGAGGCCGCGCCUCAGGUCGUGCGGAGAGUGCGGCCCCGCCGCCGCCUGCGCGCCCUACUGCCGCCGCGGCCGCCGGAAGUGACCCCCAGACCCCGCCCCCAGCUGAGAAUCGACAAGCGAACGGCUGUGCCUCCUCUCCCACCCCCGCCCACCCGCCGAUUUUGGUCAAUUUCAUUUUUUUAACUAGCAACGAAUUUUUUUCCACUAAACUCCAUCCAUUUUUGAGGUCGCUUGGGCGAAAAUUCGCGAAGAAUCGCUGGUUUUUGGCUAGAAUUAACCUUGAAACACCGUUGACCAUUGAGAGAUGUGAUUGCGGGGACACGCCACGUUUGUUUACAUUUGGGCACGCCCCCUCGAGUGCGUGAUUCUUCGAAUAACAGUCUUGAAGUGGGCGUGUCUGGUUCGCAAGCGUAGACACAAAUCCUCAGUUUGCACUGGCUGCCACUGUGGCGCUGCAGUCUCGAUCUAAAGCGUUUCUGAUUGGUUGCCGGCGUUCUUGAGCUGGAUUCACGUCAAAAUUCGUGUAAUCAACGACAUUUUCGAUUUCUCGGCCCUCAAAAAUCGAUUGGUAGGAUUCCAGUGCUCCGCUGCUUACAGUUCCUGGUUUUUUAUAAUUUCUCUACGUUUUAUUCGCUUUGGUUUUUGCCUUUUUAAUGGUUUUUAAAUUUAAUUUUGACGCACGCGUUUGCCGCUCGGUGUAAAUAGAAAUUUCGUAUUUACCGCCGUUUUUAACGCUGAUUUUACCCCCGGACAAAGUUGACCAAACGAGUGGCUGGAAACACGCGCAGCAAUAAGCUCAAACCCAGUUGUGAAUUUUUGCCCCCCUCCCGACCCGACAAACGGCCGCUUCUGCCCUGCCAGUUCUCCGCUACUUCAGCUCUCAGCCAAUUUUGUGUCGUGUCAUUUGACUCUUUGUGCAAUUAGACAUUCUAAAGAAAGAGUGUAGGCGUUGCGAAUUUGUCGAAAAUUCAGGCAGCCGCUCGGACGACGAACAAGCAGGUUUUUUACGGACUUCGGAACGAAGGAUUGCCGCUGUGUUGUUACUGUAAAAUUAUUAUCAGCCCUUAAAUAUGUGUACCAUAAUCGGAUUGGCCAAAUAGACAUUAGCACACACACACACACACACACUAUACUUUUUUCGAGUUGCUGUACACAAACACACGAGAGAGAAAAUUCGUUUUUCUGUAAUUACUCUAGUAUAAAAACACAUGAACACAUUUGACGGAAAAUUUGGACCACGUUUGUUGAAUCUGACGAACGAUGUCGAUUUUACGAAUCGAAACAAACAAACAAACCCUGUCUUGAAGGUCAUCGAGAUCUCAUUAUGAUUAAAUAUAAACGAAACCAAGCAGUGUAGGCCUAACGAGGAACGAAUUGAUAACCAGGGAUGUGCAACAGUAAUCGAUUUUUGCUUGGAAUAAUCGAGACCCACUUUUUAAUUCUUUUCCAAACCAGAAUUUUCGGAAUUGGGGGCGUGGCUCCUAGGAAAAUCAAAGAGAAGGAAACUUGACAGUCGGUUUUGCGCAUCCCUAUUCCGAACUCGGAUCAUGCCAAGUCUCUUUGCCCUUUCUUUGCAAAUUUUUUUGAGAGAAACAGCAGCCUGUUGUGACUUUCGGCCUUUGUUCAACGGCCUAUCCAAGUGUUGUGCGCUGAAUUUCUCGUGAUUCGGAUUUUUUGGAAAUAAAUUUGGUUGCUUGGUGAUCUCUGAUCGGAAAUUAACUUGAUUUUGUAUAAGAACUGAUUUGCUCUGGCCCUUUGUAAGUGAGGUAGUCUGAUUUGCGUAAAGUUAAGAGAUCUGGGCCGAUGUUUUUUGAAUUGCGUGGAUUUUCGUUUUCGAUGCAUGAGAAGAAUUAGCACUGCCUUAAUGUAUGAAACGUUGAAAUCUCAAGAGUCAGCGAACCUUGAUCACUCGAAUAAAUUUAUGUAAUUGUUAGGAGGGAGACGAACGAAAGCAGAGUCGUGGCAAUACUCACUGAAAAUAUCAAUUUUAGCUAAUUAUCUAUUUAAGAGGCGCCGCCCGCCGAUGAUUUUUCUCCCUUUCCGUUGCAGCAUUUCCUCCUCUUCGACACACACACACACACACAUACGAAUUCCUCUUUUCAGUGCCAUUUUCGCUCAAAUCGAUCAUUGAGGACUGAAGUACUUAACAUUUUAAUUAACCAAACCGCUACUAAACACACACAAAUCUUUUGUUCGGUUCGACUUCGCAACGAUUUUUCUGUUUGAAACAAAAAAUUCUUAACUUUAAGCGCGCUCUGAUAAUUUUAGGAUUUUGUUAACUGUCCAUAAUUUUAUGUGAUAUUCCCCAAAUUGCUUUUUUCGAGAGACACUCGCCGCUUUUUUUAAACAAAUGAUUGUUCAUGUCGAAUUCGUCGCACUCGCAUAAUUAUACAUUGUAAAAUUUUUAACCGCAUAUUAGUUGCUGCUGUUUUUAAAAACACAAAGAGAAUUAUAUAUUGCGAAGCAAACCGAAGAUGCCAGCGAAGUAACAUGAUGAAGUGCAUUUAAAAAUUUUAACCGCAGUUACAUCGUUUUAUCGCGCGACAGUUUUCAAAACGAAACUCGACAAAAAAGCAAGUUUGACAGUUGUAAGCCCAGCUGUAUAUCCUUAAAUUGUAAGAUGCAACUCUAAUUUGAAUGCAGAAAUUUGUGAAAAUCUAUGAGUAUAAUUACAUAAUUAAAGUGCGGUGAGCACCUGAAAAAUAA